AUGGACUUGGAUGGUUGCCUGGGUACGGAUGGCGAUAAGGAGGCUCAGUUGGCGCACUCAACCGAUGCGGUAACACCUGCUUCCGCUGCCGCUGCUGCCGCCGCCGCCGCGGCCGCCGCUGCUGCUGCUGCUGCUGCUGCUUCUGCUGCUGCUGCUGCCGCUUUUGCUGCUGCUGCUGCUGCUGAUGCUGCUGCUGCCGAUGGUGCUGUUGCUGCUGCUUCUGAUGCUUCCGCACCUGCUGCUGCCCAUGCUGCCUCUGAUGCCGAUGCUGCUGCUGAUGUUCACGCUGAUGUUGCCACUGCUGCUCCCAUGGGUUCUCGUUCUUCUACUGCUGCCGCCAACGCAUCCCCUGCCGCCGCCGCCAGCACCGACGCCACUGGUGCUGGAGGUGCAGCAGUAGGUGCUGAUGGUCCUGCAGAGUCGACUGAUAAGGCCACAACAGGUGCUGGUGGGGCAAGCUCGGCAGGCAAAAGUGUAAGUGCGGAAGCGCAACAAGAGGAGGAGGAGAUGGAGGUGGUGUGGUUGAGCGAUGAUGAGGUUGGUAGUGAUGAUGACAGUGACCGUGAUGGUAGUGACAACCAGUCCGCAGACCAGCAUUUACAGCAGUUCCUGCAGCAGCAGCAGCAGCAGCAGAAGCAGCAGCAGGGACAGCAGAAGAAGCAGCAGGGGCAGCAGCAGGGGCAGUUGGGCAGCGGCAGAAGCAACGGAAACAGCGUAUGGAACAGCACCCAGAGGGGUCAAAGUAACGGCAGCAGGAGGGCGGGUGGUGGUGCUAGUAACGGGGUGCGCAGUAACGAGGAUGAGGACGUGGUGGAGUUGAGUGGGCGGGAGGUGCAGGAAGCCAUGCUGCAGGCGAGGCUCAGGAACGCGCAGAGACAGAUGAUGCGCUCCAUGGGGGGCGGCACGCCGGGCGGCGUUCUGGGCGGCGUGCCGGGCGGCAGCACGUUGGGCGGCUUGCAGGGCGGCGUACUGGGCGGCACGGUGGGCGGCACGGUGGGCGAAAUGCCUGGAAACAUGGCACGGGGAUUGGGGAGUGGCUUGGGGAUAGGUACGGGAUUGGGAAUAGGCGCUGGUGAUGGGAGGAGGGAGGGCAGGGAGGGGAGGGGUGCGGCUGAAGGGGUAGGGAGAGAGGGGAGUGAGGGGAGUGAGAGUAGUGUUGUGAGUGUGAUAAGUAUGGCGAGCGAUGAUGAUGAAAAUGAUGAGGUGGGUGAUGAGGUGAGGCAGCAGUGGGAGCAGCUGGGGAAGCUGAAGGCUGUUCUGUCGCCGCAGAGGCAGAGGGAUCGGAGGGACGAAGGUGAGCGAAGCAGAGGCCAGGCGAGCGUUGGACAGCAGCAGCGUAAUCAGCAACAGAAUAACCAACAGCAGAGUAACCAGCAGCAGCGGAAUAACCAGCAGCAACAGCAGCAGCAGCAAGAGGUUUUGCAGUGGCAGCGGCAGCAGCAGGAGGCGAGGCAGCAGGUGCUACUAGAGCAGGAGGUGAGAGACCGGUUUGGCGAGCGCGUGCUGCUCCGAGACCAAGGGGACGAGGACGAGGGGGAGGACGGAGAGGGGAGAGAGGGGGGAGGUGGUGGGAGUGGGAGGAGGAGAGGGAGGGAAAGCGCAGGUGGGAAUGCGCGGCAGUGGUUUGGGGUUGGGAUGGGAGGGAGAGGGGUGGAUAGGGAGGAGGAGAGGCGAGAGUUUGUGGAGGCGAGGAGGAGGAGUGCGGCUGACGCUCUGAGGCACUUCAGGAGCAUGAGGGACGAGGGGCUGGGCCUGGUGCCGCGGUUACCACCACCACUGCCUGAGCCGAGCCAUCAUGUGGCACGGCAAGCACACACGCCACGUACAACAGUCACAGCACCCGCAGCACACACAGCAGGCACGGGACAGAGAGCCUAUAGCAUAGACCCACACACAACGUUACACAUGGAACCUGAUCUAGCCCCGUUUAUUGCAGUGGACAGCUCACCAUCGGUUGGGUUGCCGCAGUUUAGGCCGCUGCCGGCAAGCAUUCGAGGAGGCACGGUCAGCAGUGGUGGUGUUGGUGGGCGCACAGACACAGGCAGGGACGAGGAGCAAGCUGCGAAGAGGAUACGAGUGGAUGCCGGAACCGCACAGAACCACAUCGCACCGGACCAGCAAACCGCAAUGCGGCAGAUCCUGGAAGGACUCUCCCUCUCAGGAACAGCAGAGGAGGUAGAAAUGCCGGCAGGGGCUUUAAGCGUGCCGCUAAUGACGCACCAGCGCAUGGCAGUGGCGUGGAUGAGGCGCAGAGAGGCGUCUAUCCCCGCUGGGGGGAUACUGGCGGACGAUCAGGGGCUGGGGAAGACGCUGACCACGAUUGCACUCAUUGUGCUGGGCGUGCGGGAGGGCAGGGAGAGGGAGAAGGGGAAGGGGGUUGUUAAGGAGGAGGGGCAGAUGCUGCUGUUGACGGGUGGUGCGCGUACGGGUGAUGCCGGUCCUUCUGGUGCCGGUCCUUCUGGUGCUGGUGCUGCUGUCGCUGGUACUAAUGGUGGUGGUGGUGGUGGUGGUGCUGCUGCUGCUGCUGGUGCUGCUGCUGCGGUGCCUGUGGCAUCAGCAGGAGGAGGAGGAGUGGGAGUGGGGAGCAGCAAGAUGGAAGUGGUUGAUUUGGAAGAGGAAGAGGAGGGGGAGAGGGGGCGGGGGAGACGGGGCGGGAAGAAACAACGUCUAGCAGCUCCAAUGCCAGCAGUGGCCUGGCCGGCAACGCCACCUGGCGUUUCGGCGGCUGCCACCUCAGCAGCUGCCACAUCAGCCGCUGCCGCAUCAGCAGCUGCCACGUCAGCAGCGGGCGGCACAGGUGGCAGCAGGGGCAAGCGCGUGAGCGGCGGCACUCUGGUGGUGUGCCCCACGAGCAUUCUGCGGCAGUGGGAGCGGGAAAUCCGAGAGAGAGUGGGCGACCUGGGGGAAGCUGGCACUGCGGGAGGAGGAGGAGGAGGAGGAGGAGGAGGAGCGGGAAAACGUGGGUUAUCGGUGCUGGUGUAUCACGGGCCGGGGCGCACGCGCAGUGCAGCGGAGGUGGCAUCGUACGACGUGGUGCUCACCACCUAUGCCAUCGCUGCUAUGGACGUGGGCGGUGGGCGAGGCGGUGAUGGCGGCGAGGGGGGGAAGGGCAAAGGGAAAGAGCCCUCGUGGGAGGAGGUGAUGGGGAUUGGUGGGGGUGGUGGGGGCGGGGCGGGGGGGAAGAGGAAGGCUGGUGGUGGUGAAGGGGGGAAUGGCGGGGGUCCGCUUGCGGGGGUGGCGUGGCUGCGAGUGGUGUUGGACGAGGCGCAGGCCAUCAAGAACCGCAACACACAGGUGGCGAGGGCGUGCUGGGCAUUAAGAGCCAAGAAGCGGUGGUGCCUGUCGGGAACACCCAUGCAGAACGCGGUGGACGACGUGUAUUCCUACCUUCGCUUCCUGCGCUUCUCCCCGUACGACGAGUACGCAUCCUUCCGCACAACCAUCAAGGAUCCCAUCGCGCGCAACCCCACCCAGGGCUUCAAGAGACUGCAGGCCGUGCUGCUUGCGGUGAUGCUGCGCCGUACAAAGGCAACGCGCAUCAAGGGAGAGCCCAUAGUGAACCUGCCACCGCGCAUAGUGGCGCUGCAGCGAGCGGAGUUCACCCCAGAGGAGAGGGCCUUCUACCUCUCGCUUGAGGCCUCCUCCAAGCGCCAGUUCCACGAUGCGGGCACGGUACAAAGCAGCUACAUGCUUGCUGCUGCGCAUCCGCGCAUACCCUCCCCCAUUCCUUUCCUCUUUUCUCUCGCCCCUUCUCAUGUCGCCAGGAUUACGCGGCAGCAGGCACGGUGCAGAACUACAUGCACAUCCUCACGAUGCUGCUGCGCCUGCUCUCAUUCCCACCCUCCUUCCUCUUCCCCCCGCUCAUCCCACCAGGAUUACGCGGCAGCAGGCACAGUGCAAAACAACUACAUGCACAUCCUCACCAUGUUGCUGCGCCUGCGCCAGGCCUGCAACCACCCCGCCCUCGCCAAGGGCUCCCCCAUCGCGCCUGACAGCCGAACCAGAGGCAAUGGAGGAGGAGGAGGAGCAGCACGGGGGAGAAACGGGGCUGGCGGGGGAGGGGGAAGCGGAGGGGGGAGUGGUGGGGCGGGGGGGCGGCGGAGUGUGUUUGCCGGGUCGGUGGGGAGGCUAGCAGCGGGGAAGCGCGCGGAGCUAGUGCGGCGUGUGGCGCAGGUGGGGGGAGAGGCGGUGUGUGAGCUGUGCGGGGAUGCAGCAGAGGUGCCGGUGCUGUCUGUGUGCCUGCACACCUUCUGCGAGCAGUGUGCCCUGCAGCAUCUCGCUCAGUGCGAUACCCCCCUCUGCCCCUGCUGCUCCAAACCCAUCUCGCCGGCCUCGCUCUGCUUGUUUUCGGAGCUGGAAGGUGUAGGGAGCGGUGGGAUGGGUGCGGGAGGGGUGGUGAUGGGUGGAGCAGGGGGUGGGAUGGGGAUGGGAGCAGCGGCAGGCACGUUAGCAACAACUUCACUGGCAGAAGGGAGGGGAGGGAAGCAGCAGCAGGCGGAGGAGGAGAUGGAUCCGCUGUUCUUCUCUCCUUCUCGCAUGUCCACCAAGGCCCGUGCUGUUCUCAACUACCUCCUCGCCCUCCCUCUCAUGCCCGCUGCUCCUCCUCCUUCUUCUGCUGUCGCUGCUGCUGCUGCUGCUGCCCUCCCUCUCAUGCCCCCUGCUCCUCCUCCUUCCUCUGCUGUUCCUCCUGCUGCUGCUACUCUUCCCACCUCCUCUCUUCCCCUCUCCCUUCCUUCCUCCAUUCCCGCCCCGUUCCCCUCCUCCGUUCCCACUGCUCUCCCCUCCUCCCCUCCCUCCUCCCUCCCUCCAUCGCAACCCUCCAUGCAACCGCCCAGUGCACGCAUUGUGUCUGGCCCUGUUCCCGUCAGUAACCCUCCCUCCUCGAGUACUUUCCUUUCCACUCCUCCCUUCGCUCCUCUCUCCUCCACCCCUCCCUCUUCCACCCCUCCCUCUGUGGCACCUGGUGGAAUGGUGAAGGAGGAGGAGCAAGGAGGGGUGAGAGGCGGGGCAGCGGGAGGGGUUUCGGGAGACAUUGCGGCAAGGCGUAGUGCGGGUGCAGGGGAUUCAGGCAGUUCAGGUGCUGGUGCAGGUGUCAGUGCAGGUGGUUGUGCAGGUGGUAGUGCUGGUGGGGGUGCAGGUGGGGGUGCAGGAGGGGGUGCAGGAGGGGGUGCAGGAGGGGGUGCAGGAGGGGGUGCAGGAGGGGGUGCAGGAGGGGGUGCAGGAGGGGGUGCAGGAGGGGGUGCAGGUGGGGGUGCAGGUGUGAGUGCAGGUGGGGGUGCAGGUGUGAGUGCAGGUGGGGGUGCAGGUGUGAGUGCAGGUGGGGGUGCAGGUGUGAGUGCAGGUGGGGGUGCGGGCAUGGGAGGAGUGAAGGAGGAAGCAUUUGAUGGUGGCGGUAAUUGUGGGCUAAUGCCGCAAGGAGGAGAGAAAAGCGGCCAGUUGCAGCAGCAGCAACAGGAGCAGCAGCAGGAGCCAGAGGAGGCGCAGUGGAUGGCGGGGCUGUGGGCGGAGAUUGCUGCUAGCGCUGUGCUGGAGGAGGGAGAUGUGGGACCUGCAGGGGCACCUGGGGUAGGGGCAUUUGGGGAAGGGGCACCUGGGGUAGGGGCAUUUGGGGAAGGGGCAUUUGGGGAAGGGGCACCUGGGGUAGGGGCAUUUGGGGAAGGGGCAUUUGGGGAAGGGGCACCUGGGGAAGGGGCACCUGGGGAAGGGGCACCUGGGGGAGGGGCACCUGGGGAAGGGGCACCUGGGGAAGGGGCUCCAGGUGGGCGGGUACCUGACCUACCACCUGCACGUCUGACAGGAGGUGCAGUGAAAGCAGAAGCGGUUGAGAAUGGUGGAGAUGGGGUUGUAGGAGUGUUCUGUCCAUCAGGUGGCUGGACACCUGGCCAGCCUGGUCCACUACCUGACGCACCUGACUCAACACCUGACGUGCCUGAUGUAAAACCUGGAGCAUCUGUUUUAGCAUCCGCUGCACCUGAGUCUACACCUGACUUGCCUGAUGUUAAACCAGCAGCUGCUUCAGCAUCCGCUGCACAUGUUUCUACAAAUGCUGCACCUGAUUCAGCUGCUGCAACUGCUUCAGCAUCCGCUGCACCGGAUUCAACACCUGCCGCAGCAGGUCAUGCCACAUUCAAGAGGGAAGAGGAAGGGGGCGGUGGUGCAAGAGCUGCUCUGGUGGGGGCUGUGGGGGCUGCGGGGUUAGUGAAGGCGGAGAAGCAGGAGGCACUGGAGGAGUUGGGGUUGGGAGAGGAAAACACCGCCAGGCGAUUUUUGAGUCGACUCAAAAGUCAGGAGGCACUGGAGGGGAUGGGGUUGGGAGAGGAAAACACAGCCAGGCAGGUUGGGCUGAUGGGGCAGGCAGGCCAGGCGGGGCAGAUAGGGCAGGUGGGACUGGUUGGGUCUUGCCAGGAAGGUUCUGUGGAAAGUGGUAGUGGGAAUGGAGGUGGAGCAAGAGCGGUGUGUGGCAGUCCGCUUAGGUUCCCGAUCUCAGCAGCGGCGCUAGCAUCAGCCCUGCGGCAUGUUGUGGCACUGCCGCCUUCAGUAUCCCCUGCCGCCCCUGCCGCCCCUGCCGCACCUGUCGCACCUGUCGCCCCUGCACCCCAUGCACCCCCUGCUGCCCCUGCACCUCCUGCCGCCCCUCCAUCUCCUGCACCCUCUGCCGCCCCUGCACCCCCCGCUCCCACUGCUGCGCCUGCAUCUGUUGCUCCCCAUGCAUCACCUUCGCCCCAUCCUCCACUUACCCGUCCUACGUCAUCCGCACACCUUCCACCCCUCGCACCCCCUGCAUCCGCCCGUCUCCCCCGCCCCGCUCCUACUUCACCUGCCCCUGUUUUGGCUACUCCCGUGGGAAGCACAGGAGGCACUGCGGCAGAGGGGCAAGCAAGGCCAAGUACAGAACAGCGUCAGCUGGCACUGGUGCCUGUGGCACAGGAGAAAGCAUUAGCGAGUGCAGGGGAGGAGAUGUGUAGAGAUUUAGCACUAAUAAACACUCCCUCGGAGGAGAGGGGGAAGACAAUAGUGAGUGCUCCUUCUCAUGCAGUGGUGCAAGAGAAGGCGAUUGUGUGUGCUGGCACGCCCGCAAUGGUGAGGGAGAAGGCGAUAGUGUGUGCUGGCACGCCCGCAAUGGUGAGGGAGAAGGCGAUAGUUUUCUCGCAGUGGACGCGCAUGCUGGACCUUCUCGAGCUGCACCUGGCUGCUGCCGGCAUCUCCCACGUGCGCCUCGACGGCACCAUGUCCGUGACAGCUCGAGACAGGGCCAUCGCUGAUUUCACCUCCGAUCCCCAGAUCACGGUGAUCCUGGUGUCUCUCAAAGCAGCCAGUGUGGGGCUCAAUCUGAUAGCGGCAAACCAUGUCAUCCUCAUGGACCUCUGGUGGAACCCCGCAGUGGAGGAUCAGGCCAUCGACCGCGCGCACCGCAUCGGCCAGACCCGCCCCGUGCGCGUGGCACGCUUCACCGUGGCUGAUACCAUCGAAGACCGCAUCCUGGAGCUGCAGGUGGGUCAGGGGGUUGGUUGGGAUGACUCACUUCACCGUGGCUACCAUUGA